GUAAUGAUUGGCCAGACCAGGCAGCUGAGACCAGCAUAGGCUCCCUCCUUCACAUCUGUCAACAUACCUGACUGCGAGGAAGUCCCAGCUGGCGACCGCUGUCUGCAGGGGCCAGGGAAAGCAGGAAAGCAAAUGGAGGGGAACACCUCGAUUUGGUGCUUGAGGAAAAGUGAAAGCCUGUGUUGAUGUUCUUACCAACGUCCCAAACUCUUGAGCGAGGAUUGGAACAGUCGUGGGCCACCACUGCGGAGUCAAGACGGAAUCUGAGAGGAUAAUCCAGAUUCUAAAACAGCAGUCAAGGCCGGCAUCGAUCCCAGUUUCUCUUCUGAGAUUCAGCAGAAGUUCCUGAUGGAGGAAGGCAAUACCCAGAGAGAGGAGCCCGAGCAGGAGGGAGCUGACAAAGUGGCUACCGAUUCCGACAAGAUCAUGGCGGAGCACAGCCACAAGCAAAAGCCGCUUGAUUUACAGAAUGGUAGCUUAGAGGCCAGCUUUGUGGCAAAUUCCCUCGAGGACAGUUCCCCAAACAUGAUGGAGAGCCUGAGCCCGAAGAAAUAUUCCUCCAGCCUGAGGUUUAAAGCCAAUGGAGACUAUUCGGGCUCUUACUUAACCCUCUCACAGCCUGUGGCUGCUAAGAGAAGCCCUUCCCCUCUGGGAUCCAGUGUCAGGAGCAGCCCCUCGCUGGCCAAAAUCCAGGGAAGCAAGCAGUUCUCCUGUGAUGGAACUGACAAAAGUAUUUCCAUGAAACCGCCCACCCCUCUCCUCAGCACUUCCCCCUCCCUCAGUGGGUACCCACUUGGGAAAGCGGACUUUGAUCAUUAUACUGGCCGGGACAGCGAAAGGUCCUUGAGGCUCGCAGAGAAGCCUCCCUAUUCCAAAUACAGCUUAAGGAAUAAAUCCCAUGACAAUGUCUACUUUCUCGGGGGGCUGGAAGGCCGAAAGGCGUCUGGCUCACUCCUGACCAUGUGGAAUGGAAGUUCCCUGAGCGACACUGGCCCCUCUCCCAUCAGCAGAUCAGGGGCGGCAAGCAUGCCUUCAAGCCCAAAGCAAGCCAGGAAAAUGAGCAUCCAGGAUAACCUGACCCUUCAGCCCAAGCUGAGCCGACACAAGGAGCCAGCGUCUGAAAACAUCGGUUUAAGAACCAGGAAGUAUUCAGGCAGCAGCCUGAGUCACAUGGGAGCCUAUAGCCGCUCUCUCCCCAGGUUACACAGGGCCACUGACAACCAGCUGACGCCCCUCAGUUUGCCUCCCAGAAACUCUCUGGGCAAUUCCAAACGAACGAAACUGGGGGAAAAGGAUCUACCUCAUAGCAUCAUAGACAACGACAAUUACCUGAAUUUUUCUUCUUUGAGCUCAGGGGCUUUACCCUAUAAACCCUCUGCAUCGGAGGGGCAUCCUUAUGUCAGUUCCACCCUCAGCGUCCCUGCCAGUCCUCGAGUGGCUCGGAAGAUGCUUCUGGCCUCCACCUCCUCCUGCACCUCUGAUGACCUUGACAGGGCUCCCUACUCUGGGCCCGGCCCAGGGCACUUGUUUCCUCCCGGGGACGUGUUUGCCGCCAGGAGGAACUUCUCCUGUGGGUCUGUCGAGUUCGAUGAUGCAGACCUGGAGAGCCUCAGACAGGCCUCAGGAACUCCCCAGCCCAUCCUUCGGGAGAGGAAAAGCAGCAUCAGCUCCAUUUCCGGCCGUGAUGACCUGAUGGAUUAUCACCGGCGGCAGAGGGAGGAGAGACUCAGGGAGCAGGAGAUGGAGCGACUGGAGAGACAGCGCCUGGAGACGAUCCUCAGUCUCUGUGCUGAAUUCACGAAGCCUGACAGUCACUUGUCCACCGGCACCACCGUAGCCGAUGUGCAGAAGAUCAACAAGGAGCUUGAGAAGCUGCAGCUGUCUGAUGAGGAAUCUGUGUUUGAGGAAGCCGUGGUGAGCCCUGACGCCAGGUACAGGUGCCACCCGAAAGGCUCUCUCCACGAUGCCGACUCGGCGGUCUUUGGGAGCGUUGGGCAGAGCAGUGCCGGCUUCCUUUCUCCCAGGAGCAUCAGGAAUGAUGAGCUGCUCAGGGACCUCACGCCUGCCUUCCUGAAAACGUCCAGCGAGUCUGCUUAUCUUAGUAUCCUACCCAAGACCCCUGAGGGUAUAAACGAUGAACAAAGGAUUCAGGAGUUGGCAGCAAUGGAAGAGACCCGGAUAGCAAUUCUGAAUAACCUCGAGGAACUUGAACAAAAAAUCAAAGAUAUCAAUGACCAGAUGGAUGAAUCUUCCAGAGAGUUGGAUAUGGAAUGUGCUCUUUUGGAUGGAGAACAGAAAUCCGAAACAACUGAACUUAUGAAAGAGAAGGAAAUUUUGGAUCAUCUAAAUCGGAAAAUAGCAGAACUGGAAAAGAACAUCGUUGGUGAAAAGACUAAGGAGAAGGUAAAGCUUGAUGCUGAAAGGGAAAAACUAGAGAGGCUUCAGGAGCUUUACUCCGAGCAGAAGACCCAGCUGGACAAUUGUCCUGAGUCCAUGAGGGAACAAUUACAACAACAACUGAAGAGGGAUGCCGACCUGUUGGAUGUGGAGAGCAAACACUUUGAAGACCUGGAAUUCCAGCAGCUUGAGCGUGAGAGCCGUCUGGAUGAGGAGAAGGAGAACCUGACCCAACAGCUCCUACGUGAAGUAGCUGAGUAUCAGCGGAACAUCGUGACUCGAAAGGAAAAAAUUUCUGCAUUGAAAAAGCAAGCCAAUCACAUUGUCCAGCAGGCUCAGAGAGAACAAGAUCAUUUUGUGAAAGAAAAAAAUAAUUUAAUAAUGAUGUUACAGAGAGAAAAGGAAAAUCUUUGUAAUUUGGAAAAGAAAUACUCCAGCCUCUCUGGGGGGAAAGGGUUUCCUGUCAACCCCAGUACUCUGAAAGAGGGCUAUAUCAGUGUAAAUGAAAUUAAUGAGCCAUGUGUCAAUUCCACGAAUCUAUCCCCUUCCACUCAGUUCCCCGCUGACGCUGAUGCUGUUGCCACUGGGCCUACCACAGCUGUGCUGGUGAGCCAGCCACAAAAUAAAGAGCAUUUUAGAAGUCUGGAAGAAAGGAAAAAACAGCAUAAAGAAGGCCUCUAUCUGAGUGACACUUUGCCUCGAAAGAAAACCACACCUUCCAUAUCCCCACAUUUCAGCAGUGCUACUAUGGGGAGAAGCACCGCCCCAAAGGCUCACCUGCCCCUGGGACAGAGCAACAGCUGUGGCAGCGUCCUCCCUCACUCGCUGGCGACCAUGACCAAAGACUCAGACUCUCGGAGGACGCUCAGAGGGUAUAAUCACCAACAGAUGAGUGAAGGACAAAGGCAGAAAUCUUCUGACUUUUACAACCGCACAGCCUCUGAAUCAAAUGUCUACUUGAACAGUUUCCACUACCCCGAUCACAGCUAUAAGGACCAGGCCUUUGACACGCUGAGCCUAGACAGCUCCGACAGCAUGGAGACCAGCAUCUCCGCCUGCUCACCUGACAAUAUCUCUAGUGCCAGCACGUCAAAUAUUGCCAGGAUAGAAGAAAUGGAGAGACUUUUGAAGCAGGCUCACGCAGAGAAGACCCGGCUGCUUGAGUCCAGGGAACGGGAAAUGGAAGCCAAGAAACGAGCUCUGGAAGAAGAAAAACGACGCCGAGAACUUCUGGAAAAACGAUUGCAGGAAGAAACUAGCCAGCGGCAGAAGUUAAUAGAAAAGGAAGUAAAAAUACGGGAGAAACAGAGGGCACAGGCUCGACCUCUGACGCGCUAUCUGCCUGUCCGGAAGGAAGACUUCGAUUUGCGAAGCCAUGUAGAGACUGCUGGCCACAAUAUCGAUACCUGUUAUCAUGUGUCAAUCACAGAGAAGACCUGCCGAGGAUUCCUUAUCAAAAUGGGUGGAAAAAUUAAAACGUGGAAAAAACGAUGGUUUGUUUUUGAUCGGAACAAGCGCACAUUCUCUUAUUAUGCAGACAAGCAUGAAGCUAAAUUAAAAGGAGUGAUAUACUUCCAAGCCAUUGAAGAAGUGUAUUAUGAUCACCUCAAGAACGCUAAUAAGAGCCCUAACCCACUACUCACCUUCAGCGUCAAGACGCACGACAGAAUCUACUACAUGGUCGCGCCGUCGCCGGAAGCCAUGCGGAUCUGGAUGGAUGUGAUCGUCACCGGCGCGGAAGGGUACACGCACUUCCUGUUGUAGGGCCUGGGCGCCACCGCCGACGGCAGGGCAGACUGCAGUAAUCUCCUACGAGACUACGAGAACGAAGCCAUGUUGGAUCCCAGACGGGAGGACCCGGCGCGCCCAUCCCUCUCGCUGUGUAGACUCAGAACUCAAUCUUAUAUUAACAGGAAGUCAUUAAUAAAAGAGAGGAAAAGGGGUUUACAUCCAAAGCUGGAUCAUAAAUAGCGAAAGGAUUGAAGCACCUAUGAGA